GUCAACAUAUCCACCAGAGGAUACCUACACCAUCAACACUUAGUCUAGGAUAUUAUAUACGUGUUCAUCAGCCUUGCUGUCGUGAUACCAACGUAUAGAUGUCAGUGUAUCUCAAUACCUCAGUAAAUACAGAUUUUCGCACAAAAUGGUAGGAGGUAAACACUGGAUUCUCUUUCUGACAGAGCUCACACUCCUGUGUGUCGUUGUUGUAACAGUUAACCAAAAGAGGAUCGACAUUCUUAACGAACUUUCCAAAACAUUUCAAAGCUUUCGGAUGAGAUCCCAGUAUGGUGUUUUAUAUAUGCCACCUCCAAACAACCCACCGUCAGUGGUCUUUAACCCGGACAUUCCUUCAUCUUCCUUUACCUUCAAUAAUCAAACCAGACCGAUCAUGUACCCUUCUCUUCCAUCAAAUAACCUUCCUACCCAAUUUGAACACAACUGUGCGGCUGCAAUUCCAGAUUUCAGAGGGAAGGUUUAUGGGAACGCACUCCAACGGCCUGGAACAUCGACAAUUCACACCGAAGACUUGUUCAUUAACUUGGUCCUUGAAAGAAUGCUUGCGUGGUAUAGGGCGCAUUAUGGACAGUAUCCACCUGCAGUUUACCUGUACACGUACUUCAUUCCGUGUCCAGAUUGUUCUACAAUCAUACAAAAUGCUUUGUCAAACAAUCUUGUUGAUACAAAUGGUAACACUAUACCUCUUUAUGUCGGAUUUAGUCAGCUUCUCGGUGGCGUACAAAACGAAAACAGAAAUACGGCUAGAGAUCGAUCGAAAAACUUGCAAAAUAUCUUGAAUAAUAACAAUGGGAGUCUGUUUGAUAUAGGUCGCCUCGACAGUUGCACUCUGGAAGGUUACUCAAAACGAUCCAAGCGACAGGCCCAAUCCACAGGCGAAUGCUCAGAAGACGAGCUCCUCUUCAUGCGUAUGGACUUCACCACUGGAAAAGUUCAGGUUCAAUGGUAUCUGCCUAAUGUAGCCCAAAAUAAAAAUGCUUGGUUUGGACUUUACGACGAAAGUGGAAAUAGAAAGACUUGGGAAUAUUUGUACAAGGAAACAUCUGGAAUCAAAACGUUUAAUCAUUACAUGAGUGAUGGCUUGGAGGUGCGGUUAUCCGACAGCUACAGUGAAAAUGUUGUAAGAAUAUCCUAUCCUUGGAAUAACUGUGGAUUUGGAUGGCGGAAAAUGAAUAAACUUCCUGCUUCAUACGGCGAUGUAUAUAUGGCUUUUACAGUUAGUAACGGUUACCCUAAAGUCGGAGUUUCAUUCUGCAAGCAACGAAAUGUAACCAACAGUUACGACUACAUCAGCUUACAAAGUUUCGAUCAUGCCUUUUCGAAAAGUUACCAAGAUUGGCAAUGGGUAUCACGACUUAGUUCUGUUGUUUCUGAGAUAUACCAGUACAAAUUUGAGAACAGGGUGUCAAUAGCAGACGGGUUCCGAGUCAAAUACGUAUAUGCUACUCAAUUAAGCUAUCACCACGAGGAAGUUUACGACAAUGCCUCCCCAUUUUGGACACCAGGGGGAUGUACUGGUGUAGAGUCUACUCCGGAGAACACCUACAUCAAGGGUCCUUGUGAUGCCGGGAUAAAUCUUGGGACAGAUUACUUGGUCUUAGCUGUAACUGUACUUUUGUGUUCGCUACUGGUUUCCGGCUAGAUGACAAAUGUCUAUACCUUGAUGAAUUUUCGAGCCUGGCCAUGGAUGAUUUUGUUUUCUACUCUGGAGAACACGUACAUUCGAUAUCUUUGUAAUGCUUGAAUCUGGGAAGAGACAACUUUGCCCUAGUUAUGACCAUAAUUCUACGUUCGCUAUUGAUCUUUUUUUUACUGUAGUUUAACAUGUGAUUCUCACAAAUUACAAUAUCCUCGCAUUUUGUAUGUAACACAGCCUUCUUUAAAGCCACAUACUACCAGACAACCUAAAUUCUAGUUGCACAUGUGUACUAAUGGCCAUCCAAGAUGGUCAUUCAUGUUCUCCUAACAUUAAAAUGACCACUGAGACAUCAGUGUAUAAACAUAACUCGCCGCAUUUAUAUUUAUGGCGAAAUUUGUCACGGAGCCGAGAACGAGA